AUGGAAACCGUAAUACGAUUGAAAAGACGAGUGGAUGAAGAUCCGCUAAAUGCAUUUGUUCUAAACUGCAAACGACAACGCGUUGAGGGCGCCACCGUCGUCGAGGAAGAUGAUUCCAAUGCGAAUGCGGCAACUGCAGGAACUUCGACAAUUCUUAAGUUUGCUGGUACAUUCACACAGGCUGAAGGAAUUGCUUCUCACAUACAGAAUAUUCACAAAAACCAAGCGAAGGAUGCACUGUCCCGUGUGCAUCGUCCUAACAUCACAUCCCGGAAUCGGGUAGCAACAAAACAGGCGGCACAGAACAACAGGUUCAAGAUUGUCAACUGCACGCGCUCGAUAGCGAAUCUGGAGAGCGAACCGAGCGACAAUCCGGUCGCGACCACAAUUGUAGAUGUCGAGCGGGAUGUUUGCCGGCUGGAGGAACCGACGGUCGGCGAGACGCGUAUGCCACCGUUGAAUGUCGCAACUACAACAGAUACCGUGGCAGCGGCAAUUACUGACGGAACGCCGAAUUCACAGCAACAGCUGCCGUACUUCGAGGAGAACGGCGUGAAUUACGUCUACGACCUCUAUGUGGCCGACACGAGCCAGAAUGUCACGCCUCUUCACUACAUCCCCGAUCUGCACGACCUCAGCGUUAUGGUAUGCGACGAUCCGCUGUAUUCAUCGCACCGAGGGCUCGAUUCAGACGAUUCCAGCGAUACGGACACAGAGGAUUCAAACGCGGAAAAUAACUGGCGCAACGAAUAUCCCGACGAGGAGGACGCAAACAGUAUCGGUGAGGUCGAUAUGGUACGCGCGGUCGAAGAUCUGGAUUUGGACGGUGAACGAGAGCUGUCCUCGGAUGAGGAUUACGUACGAUACGACAAGGAGGAUAAGGAUUCGGAGGAAGAGGGCUUUGCCUACCCUCGGGACGAUGGCGUGCUGUACACGGACGAUGAGGAGGAUACAGGAGACAGCGAUAUGGAGGGUGUCAAUAAGGAAGACGUCCGGCGGUUUGGUCCUGCAUAUGCGCGCUACAAAGCCCGGAUCCUGCGCGAGGAACAGCGUGGAGGCAACGAGAGCAGCAGCUCCAGCUCGGAAAACAUUUAUUUGUACGAUUAA